GUUUCUACCAUGUUGGAACACAGCAGGCCAAUCAUAGUUUACAAACCACUACUAUAUCUGACGCUUCUGGUCCAAAAAUCUGUCGUGUUCCAAACCAAUACGUGAAUAUAGAAAUUAUCCGUCGUUGUCGCAUGUCGGCGGAGUCGGAGUGCUGUUCCGCCGGUGGUUGUUCAUUUAUCUUGAUACAAUUUUUAUGUUGCACAAAGCAAUCAACUAACGUUAAAACAAGAAUACAAACACAGUUUCACAGUCGGUAUGCAUUCCGGUUCCGUGCCUGACACCGUGCAGGUUGCCGUGCGCAUCAGGCCGCUAUCAUCGCUGGAGCUGGCCAGCGGCCACCAUAACGUGAUCGUACAGCCGAACCCUGCCGAACCACGGCUCGUUGCGCGCGGUGCCGAAGAGUUUACGUUUACGGAAGUGUUCGGGCCGACCGUGUCGCAGGCGGAAGUGUACGAUCGUUCGGUGCGCGGGAUCGUGCUUAAGCUGCUGCAAGGCUUCAACGUGUCCAUAUUGGCGUACGGCCAGACGGGAUCGGGCAAAACGUACACGAUCGGAACAUCGUUCGAUGGGCGGAUAACGAACCACAGUGGAAUAUUGCCCCGUGCGCUGCUGGACAUCUUUGAUGCGGUGAAUGCGCCGACGGAUGGUGAUGCGGGCUGCUCGAGCUACCGCGUGUUCUGUUCGUUUAUGGAGCUGUAUCAGGAGCACGUGUACGAUCUGCUUUCGCACCGGAAUCGAUACGAGCGGCUGUUGGGCAUACGGGAAGAUGCUGAAGGUGUCAUCGUACCGGGACUGACCGAGCUGGCCGUCUCGAGUGCAGAGGAAACGUUCGGAUGGUUAAUGCACGGGGCGAACAGCCGUGCCACGGCACCAACCCGCAUGAACAAGGAAUCGAACCGAAGUCACACCAUAUUCACGGUCAUUAUCCGUUCACGGCGAAAGGCGAACGCGGCGACGGGUGGUGAGCACGUGAUGAUAUCGAAGCUCCAUUUUGUCGAUCUUGCCGGCUCGGAACGGGCCAAGAAAUCGCGGGCCAGCGGUGACCGGUUGCGGGAAAGCAUCCAGAUCAACAAGGGACUGCUGGCACUCGGGAACGUCAUCUCGGCGCUAGCAUCCUCCAGCGGAACGUCACCUUCCAAGUCAGCCCGCAGCACGUUCGUGUCGUACCGUGAUUCGAAGCUAACGCGGCUCCUGCAAAACUCACUCGGUGGAAAUUCAAUCACGCUGAUGCUGGCCUGCGUUUCACCCGCCGAUUACAACAUUGAGGAAACAAUCAGCACUCUGCGGUACGCUGAUCGAGCACUAUCGAUUCGCAACAAACCCGCUCGAACACCGCCGGCACCGAUGAGCCAGUCGAGCAGCGUUGCCGAACUGGAACGUUUGUCCAAAACGGUUUCGGAGCUUCGUACCGAGAACGAUCAGCUGAGACGCCGCAUUGCCGCCGAACUGAAGCCAGCGAUCGAGGCCGGUUUGGCCGGUGGAAAGAACGGCACCGGACGCCAUCUUGCCACCCAGAAUCGUUUACUGCACGGUCAGCUACAGUCAUCGAUCGAAGAGUCGACCCGCAACGAGCUCCGUGCGUCGAUCGCCGAGAAUGCGCUCGGCCGGUUGGAACCGCUGGUGUUGCACGAAUUGCGCACGGAAUAUGACGAUCUCGCCGGCACGGCCCUGACGCCCCUGUCCGGCGAUGAGCUGCGAGCGAAAUGUGAGGAAAUACUGCUACGAUACCGCACCGAGUACGAAGCGCUCCGGCAGCGUCCAACGGCACAACAUCGUUCCACCCUCGAUUAGCGUCGUGCAGCAAACUGCGGCCGCGAAAAAGUUUUACCCGAAGGCCAUUUCUUUUCUGUAGUCACUUUAUUCCUUUCUUCCUUCGUCUCUGGUUGGUUCCGUUUAGCUACAAAUAAAUUUAACUUCCGUACAGUCACUCACUCACUGAACUCCACUAGCUGCGAGCGUACUCUUAACCGUGUCCUGUUACUUCCUACUUCCGUCUUAAGCAGCAGGGGGAAAUGAAGUUUGAUAAAUACAAAUGAAAUGAGCCAUAGCCGUUGUUACUCUACUGUGUGUAUGUUGCAAAUUUACAGCAAUGUAUGCUCCGUAAUUCAAAUGGCCUCCGGUUCGCCAUUAUGCUCGCACCAAGUAUAUGUGCCUCACGCGUGGUGUAGCUCUGGGCUCACACUUCUGCUACAUUUGUUUGACUAGACGUGUUAACUUACGUUUUGUUGAGUCGAGUUUUGAUUUCUUUGAUUCUCCACUCUCUUUCUGUUUUGAUAUAUUUUCUAACCUUACUUCUCUUCCCUUUGCGUUUGGCGCUAAAAAAAACGAAUGAAACCUGGCGGACCUAAGCUAAAUUAGUUGUGAUCUUUAUCUCGCGAAAUCUGUGACAGUAAAUUAAAUGCUAAUGCCGUACUAAACUAAACACUGCCCGCUGGUAGAGUGGGUUUCAUCCAGUCUACACUUUACGCAUUAAGAAUUUAAUACUCACUUUUGUUUGCCGUUGUUGAAAUUUCGCGCUUUCGGGGAAAUGCGUUCCGAAAAAGUUAGCUACUAUAGUAGAGCCUUCCCCAACAAAUAAUCUCAGCUUCGUUAUCCUAAUGUUGCCGUAUUGUUUGAACACACACAUACACUCUCUAAAACCUUUACCAGUGCAAAUGCAAUUAAACUUGUAAUGAUGCUGCUGUUUUUCACACAAUUCGCUCAACAUAAUCCGCAAAUCCUAGCCAUGCGGUGUGUCUCUGUGUCGAACUUGAAAUAUACAGGGUACUCAGACCAGUUCAAUAUUGUAGCGUUAUAUGUCAACAGUAUAAAACGCUAAUCCGACUUCGUACCUGCAAUUCAACCUCGUUAAUCCUUCUCCAAGGUUUAUGUAUUUUGAAGGUGAUUUUUUAUCGAUUUUCCCGAGUGCCAUUUUGGUCGAUAUAUGUCAGAGUUUUUUUUUACAAAAUUUAUAUGGUUUUGGGUCAUCUUCGCAUAUCAAAUUCCACAGAAGAUUGAAGUUAUUUGGAUUCAUAAAUCGUCAAAAAAAAAAAAACCGCUAGCGAUACCACAA